AUGAAAGGUAUAUACAUUCAACCGGCUCGAGCCACUGAGGAAAUUCGUUUGAACAUUCGAGACAUAGGAGAAAGUAGAAGCAAUCAAAUGAAAAUCAUUGAAUCAGUGCUAUCUCUAUUGCAGCAGCUAGUUUCAAAUCUCCUUAACCUCUUUGGAAUGACAGGAGCUUCAAUUCAAAUUAAUCGAAUCCCAGGGGCGGCUUUGCAGAUGCAAAGAGAACUACAGUGGUUUAAGGAAGUGGAAAGUAUUUCUGUUCCCAGGUAUAAGGAAUAUUCGAACACUGAUGGUUUGACUCCUAGGGAAUUGUUUACAAAGAACCACAUAGACUUGAAGAAAGAAGGAGAAAAAUGGAUGAAGGACACAGCAAAUUCUUGUACAGUAGUAGGGGCUCUCAUUAUUACUAUUAUGUUUGCUGCAGCCUUUACUGUUCCAGGUGGUAACAAACAAGAUACUGGAUUCCCUAUAUUCUUAGAUGAAAGAUUGUUCAUGCUCUUUAUAAUAUCCGAUGCCUUAUCGCUCAUUUCAUCCACAACUUCUGUCAUGAUGUUUUUGGGAAUCCUAACAUCACGCUAUGCAGAAGACGAUUUCCUUGAAUCCUUGCCAAGAAAGAUGAUCAUUAGGACUUUCCACUCUUUUCUUUUCCAUUGCAGCCAUGAUGAUAGCCUUUUCUACUGCUCUUUUCAUUAUGCUACAGGAACAAUAUUCAUGGAUAACCAUUCCUGUCAUUUGUUUGGCUAUUGUACCUGUCACCUUAUUCGUAUUGAUGCAAUUUCCCCUUCUUGUUGA